CACCUAUUGUCAAUUUUCGCUAAAAUUUCACCAAUUUUUAAUGAUUUACAGUGUUUUUAAUACUUUUAUGAUUUAUUUAAUUUUUCCUAAUUUUAAAAAACUUGGAACAAAAGUUGUAGAGCGUGAAAAAUUGAACCAUUUUUGCUGAUCGGAUUUUGAAAAUGGCUAAUUAAUUUGUAAUUUGCAACCUCUUCGGUUUCUAACGCUGUAGCAAGAUGUGUUGUUGAGUUCGAGAUGUUGCAUAUUGCAUUCUGAAAGGCGCUUGAUGGUUGAUCAACUUGGAAAUGGAAUACAAUUGCUGGUACCUAAUCGUUUUGUUUUUAGAAUAAUGAAUCUCCCAAUCGAUUGUAUUUUUUUUAUUCAAUAUUCAUAUUCUGCGGAAUUGAUUAUUCUAUUAAAUUUUGGGAUCUCAGCAGGUAUUGUGCACGGUCGUAAAUUAUUCUUAUUCUCAAAUCUCAGUGAAAAGUGUUCGCUCAAACUAACUGCAUAAUUGUAUGUAAAUGUAGAUAAGUUUCAUGUUGACAGACGAUGCUUGGUGGUUUCUCAUUUUUAAAUAUUUCCAUGAUAAAUGAAACUCAUUUGAUGUUGUAAUGUAAUAUUGAUGAAAAUAAUUUAAAUGAUUCCCGAUUCCGUUUCAAACAAGACUUCGAGUGCUUCAGAUAUCAGUCUAAAGGGCUGCAAAGUUUCAAACUCUUGAAGAGGGUGAUGAAACUAAUUUAAAUUAACUUUUUAGCACGUCAUUUCAUUAAAUUAAUUUUAAUUUAAUUUUUCUUUGGUCAUCUUCGAAAUGGCUACACUGAUUGCACAGUUUUUUUUUCAAAUUUCCCCCUUUUCCCCGCAUUAAUCUGUUUGUUUAUGUUUAUUGUUAUUUAGCGUCGAUUAGUCUGACUCUGAAAGUUUAAUCUCGAUCCUCGGUGUAAUCUGCGAAUAAUUAGUGUUUAAUCAUUGAUUGAUUAUUAAUUAUAAUACGGUGAAUCAUCCUAGGAAAUUCAAUUCGUAAUUGGAAUCCAUCAAAAUGACUUCGGAAGCCAUGGAAGCGGAAGUAUCUUCAGAACAAGUCGCCGAAGAAAUCGUACCCAAGCCUUCGCAUCUGAAAGAACUUCAACAAGAUAUCGAGCAACUGCAAAACGAUCUGAACGAGAAAGGCAAGCUAAUCGUGGACAUGGAAAUAGAAAUCCAGAACAAACAGAGUAAACUGAGGGGUAUGCAGAACUUGUUGAUGACUCGAAUCAGGGAAAUCCAAGUCGAAGAUAUCACAAGGAGGAAUGAAAUUGAGCACGAGAAAGAAUGGAGUGAAAAAUUGAAAACAACCAAGAUCAAGAGAAUAGCUUCGAUAUUGGAGUAUAAGAAUAAAAUGAACGAAUUACGAGAAAAAGUGUUUUCGCCUUUGGAUUUGAACGAUGCUAAGAUAAACGAAGAAAUCGAAUUCUUGAUGAUGUGUUACGAAGAAUUGAGCGAAAAAAAUAAAGCUACUCAGUUCGGAGUAGAUCAUUUGGCUCGACGAGUAAAUCUCGAUUCUGAAGCGAAUAAUAUCAUAGAUAAUAUCAACGUAUUGAUAAAACAAAUGAAAUUAGAAACUGACGAUGAUCGGAAAAUGAACGAAGCGAUGGAGAUGGAAAUCAUGGUCUUGGAUAAGAAAAUUCGAGAGAAUGAGCAAUCGGAAACCAACGAUUGAACUGAUUAAAUAAUAAUUCGAAUCUUUAGUGUUAAUUGUUUGGUUUUGUUUAUUUUUUUGUAAUAUGGUUAGCUUAGCUUAAAUAUUACUCAUAAGUCAUAAGUCGUGUUGAGUAAAGAAAUAGAUUGAAUAAUUUAACGGGGUUUUCGAGAACGUUGACUUUGACGAGUAGGUACGUCGGUUAGUCUCUUGUCUAUAGCUUGUUCACACGUAGAUGUUAAAUUUAUUCGAACGUAUUUAGAACUGUAUUAUUAACGCAUUGAUUCCUGUAAUGUUAGUAAAAAAUGGUGUUCGUUUUAACGUU